GCGGCGGCAGGAGCGGAGGCGGCGGCUGCUGGCGGCCGUUUCCUGGUGGCCUGGCGGCGGCGCGGGAGGGAGGAUGCGGCGCAGGUCUCGGCUGCUGCUCUGCUUCGCCUUCCUCUGGGUGCUGGGCAUCGCCUACUACAUGUACUCGGGCGGCAGCGCCGCGCUGGCCGGCGGCGGCGGAGGCGGCAGGAGGAAGGAGGACCCAAAUGAUAUCGACCCCAAAAGGAAAGAAGUGCGUGGCAAUGAUGUGGAGGACAAGGCACAAAGUGUGGAGACACUACCUCCAGGGAAAGUUCGGUGGCAAGACUUUGAUCAGGAUGCCUAUGUUGGUGCUACCGUGGUGCGAUCGGGCCAGGAUCCGUACGCACGGAAUAAAUUCAAUCAGGUGGAGAGUGACAAACUGCGAAUGGACCGCAGCAUUCCUGACACCAGGCAUGAUCAGUGCCAGCGGAAACAGUGGCGGAUAGAUUUGCCAGCCACUAGUGUGGUGAUCACCUUUCAUAACGAGGCAAGGUCUGCUUUGCUUCGAACUGUUGUCAGUGUCCUUAAAAAAAGUCCAUCACAUCUUAUUAAGGAAAUCAUACUAGUGGAUGACUACAGUAAUGAUCCUGACGAUGGGGCACUCUUGGGAAAAAUUGAAAAAGUUCGGGUUCUUCGGAAUGAUCGGCGAGAAGGCCUAAUGCGCUCCCGUGUCAGAGGGGCAGAUGCAGCACAAGCCAAAGUGUUGACCUUCCUGGAUAGUCACUGUGAGUGCAAUGAACACUGGCUGGAACCACUUUUGGAAAGAGUAGCUGAGGACAAGACCAGAGUUGUGUCUCCUAUUAUUGAUGUAAUUAAUAUGGACAACUUCCAGUACGUGGGGGCGUCAGCUGAUUUAAAAGGCGGUUUUGACUGGAAUCUUGUAUUCAAGUGGGAUUACAUGACACCAGAGCAAAGAAGAGCACGACAAGGAAAUCCAGUUGCUCCCAUAAAGACACCCAUGAUAGCUGGUGGAUUAUUUGUGAUGGACAAAUCCUAUUUUGAAGAACUAGGAAAGUAUGACAUGAUGAUGGAUGUUUGGGGUGGAGAAAACCUAGAGAUCUCAUUCAGAGUUUGGCAAUGUGGUGGGAGCCUAGAAAUCAUCCCUUGCAGCAGAGUGGGUCACGUAUUCCGCAAACAGCAUCCCUACACGUUUCCGGGUGGGAGUGGUACUGUGUUUGCAAGAAAUACACGCAGAGCAGCAGAAGUCUGGAUGGAUGAGUAUAAAAAUUUCUAUUAUGCAGCAGUGCCUUCAGCCAGGAAUGUACCUUAUGGCAAUAUUCAAAGCCGAAUGGAGCUCCGAAAGAGACUUAGCUGCAAACCCUUUAAGUGGUAUCUUGAAAAUGUUUAUCCUGAGUUACGGGUACCUGAUCAUCAAGAUAUAGCCUUUGGGGCUUUGCAGCAGGGUACCAAUUGCCUUGACACUUUGGGCCAUUUUGCAGAUGGUGUUGUUGGAGUUUAUGAAUGUCAUAAUGCCGGGGGAAACCAGGAAUGGGCCUUAACAAAGGACAAGUCAGUGAAACACAUGGAUUUGUGCCUUACUGUUGUGGACAGAGCUCCUGGUUCACUAAUAAAACUUCAGGGCUGUAGGGAAAAUGACAGCAGACAGAAAUGGGAACAAAUUGAAAGCAAUUCUAAACUGAGGCACGUUGGCAGCAACCUCUGUCUAGACAGCCGAAAUGCCAAAAAUGGUGGUCUCACCGUUGAGAUCUGCAAUCCUUCUUUGUCACAGCAGUGGAAAUUCACACUUAAUCUGCAGCAGUAGAAGGACUUACAAGCAAAGUGCUGUUUCAACUGAAAAACAUUGGGCAAAGUUUUGAUUGAAUUACUGAUGUAUUUCUUAAAACUUUCCACGGAACUUAUAUACCUCAGUAUUCCACCUUUAUCUGAAAGUAGAGUGCUGAAGCAGACACCAGGGAUCCAGGGGACUCGGAGCACUGCAAAGAUGUCACUGAGCAUUACUUCACAGGAAGAAGGAAUUGUGCUGCAGACUUCAACUGUUCCUUUCUGUCUUCAGCUACUACUUGCACAGCAGAUAAUUAACUCUAGGAACAACUGACGUAUUGUAAACAAAAGGAUCUGAAGAAACAUCUGUGGGGAACAGUG